AUGCUCGUUGCGGACAUCGAGAAAAUGUUCCGGCAAGUGAACGUUUGCCCAGAUGAUCGACGAUUUCAAUCCAUAUUAUGGCGUACUUCUCCAGAUCAACCACUGAAAACCUACGAACUGACUACUAUCACCUACGGAACCAAGCCUGCGCCGUUUUUAGCAACGAGAGCUCUGGUGCAGCUCGCUCUAGAUGAAGCUGAAGCUUAUCCAUUAGCAUCAAAGGUCGUGUCGGAAGAUUUUUAUACAGAUGAUACCAUCACGGGAGCAGAUGAUCCUGAUAGUGCCAAGAGAUUAAGGAUACAAUUGCAACAAAUGUUAUUGAAGGGCGGUUUCAAACUACGAAAAUUUACCUCUAAUUUUUCAACAACUCUAGACGGAUUACCCAAGGAAGACCUCGCUAUUCAAUGCGAUGAAAUUAAUUUGGACCCACAAUCUACUGUUAAGACGCUGGGAUUAAUUUGGAUGCCUGGCAAGGAUGUUUUUCGAUACCGAUUUGAAGUGAACUCACCACCAACUGAUAUGCAGUACACCAAGCGCAAAAUAUUAUCAAUAAUUGCCAGUCUUUUCGACUCUCUCGGUCUUAUAGGGGCAGUAAUCGUAUGGGCCAAAAUAUUUAUGCAGCUCCUCUGGCGAUUGAAGGGUGAUAAUAAUAGUCAAUUAUCAUGGGAUGACACUCUCCCACCAAGGAUCGAAAACGAAUGGAUGCAAUUCCAACAACACAUUCCACUACUAAAUGAUUUACGCGUGGAGCGGUUCAUCAGUCUGCCAAGGCCUGUUUCCAUGCAAAUACAUAUGUUCUCAGAUGCCUCUGAGAAAGCCUUCGGAUCGUGUGCAUACCUCAGAACUGCAGAUGCCAAUGGGGCAGUGAAAGUAGCUUUGAUGUCCUCGAAAUCGCGUGUAGCCCCAUUGAAAACCCAAUCCAUCCCGCGAUUGGAAUUGUGCGGUGCACUACUGUCAGCCGAGCUGUUUGAAUCGGUACUUCAAUAA